UCAGCAUACAGUGUAGGAGUUGAACAAUCAGCCAGACAUUAUUUUCCUCUCUCUUUGUGGCUACACAUCUUGUGAAGUUAGAGGGAAAUUAUAAUGUCUUCGUGGGCCAAAUCGACUGGCACCGGCAGGCGGCCGCAGUCCAGCCCGACCGUCAUAGCUCAGCCGCUGCGGUCCUUUCGGAGAGCAGCGCCUUACCCCAGCAGGGAGGACAGGGCGGACGAGCGCAAGGAUGCCCUGGAUAGUUAUGAAGAGAUCGACCAAAAGCACAGCUACAGUGGAAACGUGAAGUACGAGGGGUACAAGCAUCAACAAAAUGCCAAGCCGGACGGCUGCACCCCAGCAGACAGACGGAAAAAUCUGUACCAGAGGUUUUACCGGCAGGUGCAGGAGGAGAAAAAGCCGGCCGACUGCGUGGUCCUCUCCGUCACCAACCAGUGCAUGGAUUACCCCAAAUCGCUAAGACAGUGCUUGCAGGAGCGCGGCCUGUCAGUGGAAAUGCUCUACCUUCAGGCGGAGUCGGGCCUGACCCGGGCCCUGCAGGACAUCCGUGCAGACGGCUCCCCGUUAUGUAUUCUGGUGGAGCAGACAAACGUAGCUCUGUCCUCCUGCACUGUUAUCAUAUUCUCAGAAUCCCUCAAAAUCCACCGCAACAUGCCCAAGGACCAAGCCAUGGACUUCGUGGUAGCCGAGUACGAACACGGACUGGUCCAAGAGCGCCCUCCGCCGGACCCGGCAGACAUGGCAGCGCGGGCCUCGCAGCUGCUGGAUGACUUUUUGGAUCGGGAGAAGAUCGAGCGCCACGCCGUGCCGUCUGACACCCGCCAGCUCCUCUUGCUGCUGGCCGAGGGGGUGCACCUGUACCCCGAGGAGCUGGAAACCAUGUCAGAGUACCUGCGCUCCCGGCAGGAAUACUUACAAGCCUCCACCACCGAGGGGGAGAGGGGGAACAUGUUGCCUCCAGGCCUGGGGAAGCCCCCUCCCCUGCUCCCCACGCCUCCCGGGCCUCCUCAGCCCCUGCCUGGCCCCGGGGCAGGAGGGCCGAUGCCUGGACCGAUGGACCACCAACCACUGCAGCCCACUCCUCUCCUGCCUUCACCAGGGUCCUAUCCCAAAACCAAACCUCCUCCCCUGCUGUCCCUGCAUCGGGCUUCUGGACCCUCUCUCGGGGCCCCAGCUCCACAAGGCCCCUCCGCUCCUCGAGCCCCCCCCUCUGCACACAACCCCUACGGCAGCCCUGCUUCCCGCGGCCCCCCCCACCACCACACUCCUCCAUACCACCCGGGCCCCAGGGGCCCCCUUGGGACCAGAGGCCCCCCUCCUUCUCUGAAGAGCGCCCGCCCUCCACUUCUGCCUCUCGCAGGUGUUCCUCCUCCACGACCCAACGGCCCCCGACGCUAAGAAAUGACUCAGACAGCCACACAAACACACACACAUAGACACACACACACACACACACAGAUGCACGGACUACGGUUGCGAGCGGUGUUUUGAACAUUUUAGCUGACUCUGGAGGAAAAGCCUGCGACUCCCAGCCCCUCCCACUCUGCCUGGGUGAAGCCUCCCCUGCAGCACUGAUAAAGGAUUCCCAACGAACCAGAUUACCUCUUGAAACACGAGACGUUAAACCAGUUUCACAUAAUCCGAGAUAAUUCAUGGUUAUCAUCUAUAUUUAUAUUGUUGUCGAGGAUGGCGGAUUUUACUGAUGACUGAUCAUGUCAGGUGUCAGUUUCAGCUCUUUCAAUUCCCUUUUUUUUUUUUUUUUUUCUAGUUCAGGUGUUAUUUUUAAAACAUGUCUACAGUGAAACACACACUCCUGGCCUGGGGUCGUUCCAUACAGAGUGCAGUUCUGAUUUCAUCCAGUUUGCCUCUUUAAUUGUUACAUUUGCAGCGUGAAAUGCAAAAAACUUCAUGAGCAUGGGGGCUUUGCUGCGAUUGAAGUAGACACGUUGUGUUUCGAGGGUCCACAUCAUGAAUUUCUGAGGUCUUCUACUGUUCAAUUUAAUGCCCUCGUCCCCCUCCACCCCUCCCAAAAAAAACAAGUUACCAGUGGACGGGCUGGCUCAAAACGCAGCCGCCGCUUUGUACCAAAUAGCGCAGGUUUUCAGGACUUUACACAUAAUUUCAUGCUUGAAAAUUUCAUCAGAGUUUCCCAAACGCUCUGUUUAAGAGAGCAUUUCACACAGAGGCGCUAGAAGGGUUUCUGUCAGGAGCUGCUGCCUGUGAGCGGGUGUGUAAUGGGCCUCAUAGUUUGUCUGGAUCUCCAAACUCAUGGCGUCCUCCUUCGGAGCGCUCUUUGUUCUCACCGCCGUCUGAAUGUCAGGAUAAUCUGGCGCGUUGUGGAAGAAAAAAAUCAAAAUAGUAACCCUUGGAAAAAAAAAUGUUUUCACCAUGAGGCUUGGCAGUGAGAGCAUGAUAAAUAUUAAUUGAGCAUAUUGCUCUUUUCAAGUAUCAACACCUUGAUUUAAAAAAAAAAAAAAAAAAAACAAAUUCGUACAUGAGAAACAGUUUAU